AUGACAGUGUUGUCCACCCUUCUAGUCUUCGCCCGCUUUCUCUCACGAUACUUCACCUGGCCAGCGAAGUGGGACGACUGGGCUUGUCUAGGAGCUCUUAUUUUCGCCUACGGGUUCUUGACUACUACGGCCCUGGUAGCCACCGUUGGGCGAAGGGUGUACCACCUGGUCCAGUACAAUUAUUCUGUCUUGGAAAAGUAUCUUCAGAUAGCGCUGGCGAACAAUGUGCUUUACAAUGUGAGCAUCUCUUUGACCAAACUAUCCAUUUUGCUCUUCUAUCGACCUAUCUGGGUUGUUGGGGGUCUCGUGGCGGGAUAUUUCGUGUCGGCCAUGUGCGGUCUCAUAUUCGCCUCCAGCCCCGUGGAAGCACGGUGGAAAACUCAACGGCGAAAGAUUCUCCUGUCUAUAGUGUUCCCCUUGGACUGCUUCGUCUGUAUUGCCAGUACCAUGCGAUUAUACUUUCUUGCAACCAUGAAUAUGGACAAUGUAUCGUACUCGCUGACGACGCCGGGAAUCUGGACGCCGAUGGAGAUGGACACCGGUAUUAUUUGUUCUUGCCUACCGAUGCUCCCUGGCCUGAUGCAACACUUCUGUGGCUCCGACAGGCGUAGCACCAAAUGGCAAUGA